AUGUCAGAUUCAGAUGAAAACUCGGAACUUCCGAUUCCGGAAAAUCAAAUACGGACGGCCAUCAUAGGUCAAAUUUCCAAAUAUGGUAUGGAUAAAUUAACGAGUCGAAAAAUACGGGAAAAUCUGAAAAAUGAAUUCAAUAUUGAUUUUACUAAUUACAAAACUCCUGUCGAUAAAAUCACUAUGGAUGUGAUUGAAAGUAUGCAAAAUUCGGCAAAAAAAAAUGAAAAAGAAUCGAAGGGAUCUUCAACAGAAUCUGAUUCGGAUGAAGAAGAAGUCGUUUUCACCGACAGACCUUCGAAGCGAAAGAAUAAGACUGCUCGCAAACGCGCCAAGUCACAAUCAUCUUCUGAUUAUGAGGAUACAAUACAGAAGAAGAGGCGUGCAGCUUCCACUUCUAAGAAAACUGUUCAGAGAAAACGUAAAUCAAACUCAGACGAAACUCCAAAAAAGCGUAAAAAGACAGCUUAUAGUGCCUAUUGUGCUUUAUCUGAUGAUCUCGCUGAUGUUGUUGGUAAGCGAUAUAUGAAACGUAGUGAUGUUGUGAAAUCCAUGUGGGCCUAUUUCAAAACAAAUAAUCUCAUGGAUCCAAGAGAUAAAAGAUAUGUGCUUUCUGAUGAUGCGCUUUUAAAAAUAUUUAAAAAGCGUCGCUUUCUUGGUUUCGGAAUGAUGAAGAAUUUGGAAAACCAUAUUAUCCAAGCGAAAUUCCUCAGUGAGGACGAAAGAAUUAAACUGGAAGAAUUUGAGGCAAAGGAGGAUGCAAAAGCUGCAGAAGAAGAAAAUUCUGGUGUUGUUGAUGGAAUAUCAAAAUGA